AUGUCUAGAAUCAGUUUAUUAAGUAGAAUACAGGCACCGGUAAAGCCGCUAUUCCACAAAUCCCCAGGACAGAUUAUCUCCAGACAAAUUCCGAAGAAUCAAUUCUUCAAGAGAUUUCAAUCGACGUUGAAAUCGAGCAAACCAGCGCCACCGCAAGCACCAAAUAAGCCAAAGAGUCUUAAACAUUUGAUGAAAGAAUACGGAUAUGCUGGUUUAGGAGUUUACUUAGCACUUUCAUUCAUUGAUUUGCCAAUUUGCUAUGUUAUGGUUCAUUCAAUGGGUAAAGAUCAGAUCGAGUAUUAUGAAAACAAGGUAAAACAAACAUUCGGUUACGGGAUGUCGGAUGAAGAAUUAAAGAAAAAGCAUGAUAUAAACAAGAUCGAAGAAAUGCAUGAACAAACUAAUUCUGAAGACCCGAAUGCAGAUGGCAAUUUAAUUAGUUUUCUUUUAUCCCAGUUUUCGUGGACGGAAUUUGCAAUUGCGUAUGGUAUACAUAAGUCAUUGAUUUUUAUUAGAUUGCCAAUUACUGCUGCUAUCACUCCUGGUAUUGUAAAGGGCUUGAGAAAUUGGGGUUUUAAAAUCGGAAGUGAUAAAUUAUCUACGACAGCUUCUAUUGCAAAAGAUACUAUUAAAGACAUUACUGCCUCAAGUCAAAAAUUUGGCACAAGACCUAACGGAAAGAAGAAGUGGUUUAGCUGGUUCUUUUAA